ACUGAGAAAAGUCAAAAGAAAAUGAGCCCAAAUGUCUCCGUUUGCUGUCUAUCUCUGCUUUUACUGCUUAAUUUCGUUGGAGCCAAGCCCGUUUCUGAUCUCCAGAGUUUGAAGCAGCUUCUAGAAGAGGAGCUCAACACCGCGCCACAUUACUCCUCGGAGGAGAUGGAGGUGGAGGGAAAAGAUGGAAACACAGAAAAGUCGGAGUUUGGAGCUCCACAGGAGAGCCGGUGGGACUCCUCCGACCCGAACAACUCGCCACUGGCGGUUAAAGAAAACAUCCUCGCGCGUCUCUUCAAAGACCUCAUGAGGACCUCCAAGCGCUCGUGGAGCCGGUACAAGAAGGGCGGGCUGAGGAGCUGCUUCGGUGUCCGGUUAGAGAGAAUCGGCUCCUUCAGCGGGCUGGGAUGCUGAAGGCGUGGGUAAGUCUGCAGAUCAGUGCGACCAUAACCAACACCGGAGCUCACCUGACACGCACAAAGCUGUGGCUGACACUUGAAAG